AUGGUUGACUUUGAAAUGAAAUGGCCUCACAAGACAAAUUAUCAGGAUACGGGAGAAACUAAACACUGGAAAAUUGACCAAGAAUACACACACAUGCCCGCUGCUGUCAAUCCAGGCUGUGGAGGAAGAUGGUUGCGAGGGGAUGCUGUGGCGGCGGUGGCAGCAGCAUGGUGGAGCCAGAUGUCUAUUCCUCAUGGCCGUUCUCGUCGUGGCUUUAUCAAAGGCUUCAUCAUCAGUGUUUCAGGGGUGGCCACAGCAGUGGUGGCAUGGUGGCUCUGGUUCGUUCCUCGUGGCUAUGGCAGUAAUGUGGCAGCUUCACUUGGCAAAAGAAGUGGCGAUGGAUUCAACAUCAGUGACUCGGUGCGUCCGGUGCUUGCGGAAUCCAACCCCAGUCGCUAUGGGUUUCUAUGGCGAUGGUUCGAUGAAAUCUACAUGCUGCUGGACCUCCUACUUGAGCAUCACUAUCUGUCUAGGACCAGUGCUUCCUUCUCUGAGAACUUUUAUGGUCUGAAAAGAAUUCCAUUGGGUAGUGGUCACGGACUAUGGAGAUUAGCCAGCCUUGGGCUCCCAAGGACCCAGCACUGGAGAUCCCUGCUGGUGGUAAUAGCUGUUCCAUAUGUAAAAGUCAAAUUGGACAAACUGUUUGCUCGGCUGCAGGAGGAGGAUGACUAUGCAAUACAUCUCCCAGAGUCCUCUUGGAAGCGUCUUUACAAGGCCUUUCUUGCAGCCUAUCCUUUUGUGAACAUGAGUUGGGAGGCGUGGUUCCUUAUCUACCGGCUCUUGUACGUCUUUGAGAAAACACAGUUUCACUCACCACUAUUGCGAGUGGCAGGGGUCCGUCUGGGGAGCCUCACCCCUGCAGAUUUUCAGGACCUCGAGAAAAAAUCCUCUUCUGUUAGCAACCGUUCAGCCAGUGAAAGUGUGGUUAGAAAGCUGACCUCCUUUCUGGCUAAAGCAAUGGGAGGUGUGACAUUGUCCCUAUCGACUGGUAUAUCCGUGGGUGUCUUUUUCCUGCAGUUUCUGGAAUGGUGGUAUUCAUCCGAAAACCAGGAGACAAUUAAAUCCCUUUCCUCUCUCCCAACCCCUCCCCCGCCAGUGCACUUUGACGAGCUAACUAAUGAGUCUUUACCUAGACUGAAGACUGUGUGUCCUUUGUGCAACAAGAUUCGGACAAACGACACAGCCUUGGCGACCUCUGGAUAUGUCUUUUGUUACCGAUGUGCUUACAGCUACGUAAAACGCCACCAGCGAUGUCCUGUGACAGGCUACCCUUCUGAACUGCAGCAUCUAGUUAAACUUUACUCUCCAGAAGCAUGAAGAAAAAAGGUUUCGAUCCAUGGAUGCACACUGUUAUUGAUCAUGUACUAUUUUAUAAGCAGAAGUCUGACUUAAUGACUUGUGAAGUGCUGUUUACUAAUGACAUGCACCAGACAAGUUUCAACUGCAGCAUUAUUACUAAUUAUCUUUUCCAAUUUUCUGCCCUCCUCCUAAAUGUGCUGACUUGCAUAAUUCCUCAUUCAAGUGGCCAUUCUGCUGUGAACUUAGACAGGAGACUUGUCCUAUGGAGCAUUGGUACUGAUGACUACACAGAUGCACCCUUUCCAGCCCUGGCCAUGAAUGAUGGUCAGGGGAUCUGACUUAGAGCGGCUAAGACCUGUUUGAGCAAUGCUGCCAUCUUGAUUGAGAUCAGCUAAAGCAACUCCUUCCUAUUUGAGUCUGAAUUCUAAUACAUUGCGCUCCAAAAUAUCAAAAGUACGUAAAUAAUUGCAUUGCUUGGUUAUUGUGAGGGGGCCAAGAGACAAUGGAAAUUGUAUAUGUCAGUAUUCAGCAUGAUCUUCCAUGAUAAUUCUGAAUCUUUUAAUGGAAUCUUGUCAUUCUCAAAUUUCAUUAACAAAUCAUAUAAGUUCAAAGGGUUUACCAGUUCAAUAAUGGUUGCAAUAUAUAGUCCUCGUUCAUGGUUAACAAAUUUACAUUGUAGGAAGUUCUCUAAAGAUUCAAAUAAAAAUCUUGUUUGGAUUAGAUCGAAUUCUAAAGUUAGAGCAAAAGCCUUUAUCAUCGACCCUAUAAUCUAAGUGGUUUUUGAAAUCAAUAUUUUAAUGGUCAAGAUGUAAUCUGUACUGUGCACUAAAUUAUUAUGGUGUGAUAAAUGUUUCAAUAAUGUUUUGAAGAUUUUUAAUGUUUACUUGCAAACUAUAAUAAAUUGUACAUUAGCUGAACCAGUAAGCUGACUUUACAGUGUUCAUGUAAACAAAAAUCUUCAAAAUCAAAAUAAAAGAGAUGCUAACCAGAA